GUUUGGUUGCAGUUAGGCAUUUUACCUAGUCUGAUGCUUGUGUUAUUUAUAUUUGUUUUUACUUCUUAUUUCCACUAAAAAUGGUACCUUCAGGCUUAACACAUACUUAAUAAAUGCUGGUGGUGUAGGAUGACUGUGUCUAACCUUUUUAAUCUCCAGCUACUUCUUAUCAAAAAAUUUUCUAAUACUCACCUCUGCUUUUCACUGUUUUAUCAAUGAUCGUCAAUUGACAUUUCAUUUUAGCAUUCAAUGGAUAAUCAAGCACAUCAGAUUGAGUCAAAUUCUGAAUCAACCAUAAAAGACAAGUCAACUAUUUCACAUGAAUCAACUCUGUUAACACCUGAAGCGUCAUCAUCAUCAUCCUCAUCAUCGUUGUCGUCGAGAAAACGUCGAUGCUUAUCAUCUGCUAUUGUCAGAUUGAAGCAAAUGAAAAUGCAAGCACAACAAAAAGUACAUUUGGAAUCUAAUAUUCCUCCUGAUAACAUGAACACGACUCCUUUAUUGAAUACACAAUCAGUAGAUAGCACUAACAAUGACAAUACAGUACAGUUAGAAAAUAACAAUAAUGAUAACAAUGAUGAUAACAAUUCAACUCAAUUAUCAAUAAUGAUUGAUAAUAAUGAUGAAACAAACAAUCAAUCAAUUCUUAGAGAUUCACCUUCACCUUUUGCUGUUACUUCUCCAUCUUCUUCUUGUAGUUGUUUAUCACAAUUAAAACCAUCACCACAAUCUCAGUUAUGUAAUAAUAAUAAUAAUAAUUCAUCGUUUGAUAGUUCUACUACUACUACUACCACUGCGACUACUACUACAACUACGACUACUACACAUCAUCAUCAUCAUCAUCGUAUUUCACCAAGACAAUCUUCAUUACUUGUAAAGAUGAAAUCAUUCACUAAUAAUCAUCAUCGUCAUCAUCUACCGACAGGGCCAACAACACAUUGUGACUAUAAUAAUAGCAUUAACAAUUCCACAUACAUGAUGAUGAAUAAUUCAUCGAAAAUAUUUACUCAAUGUCUUUCAGAUAGUGAAUCUGAUCAAUACGCUGGUUAUGAUGACAAUGACAAUCACAAUGACGCUGGUGCUGAUGGGGAGGUUGUCACUGUUGAUGAUGAUAAUGGUGAUGAUGAUCAUCAGACGAAAACAACAGAAUCACCUGCAAAGAAUAAGAAGAAAAUCAAAAAGACCGCCACAAUGACACAUGAUGAUGAUGAUGAUUCAAUGAUCAAUAAUCAUAAACAUCGUCAUAGUCAAACAAAAAAAGUAAUAAAAACUACCAGUACAACUGGUAGUAGUAGUAAAAAGCGUAAAUGUCAACUUGUGAAUGAAAGUAUGCCACGAAAAAAACAUGCGCUAUUAAAUGAAUCGGUUAGUUCGCAUGAAACUGAUCAAUUGAAUGAUGAUAGUAUUAUUAUUCAUAGUAAUAAUAAUAAUAAUAAUAAUAAUGAUAAUAGUGAAAUAGAACAUGAAACUGAUAAAAAUCGAAAUUUUUUAAUUCAAAAUAGCAUGCCUAAUGAUAAAACUAUGAAAUCAGAUGAUUAUUGUUGGAUAUGUCAUAAACCUGGUGAAGUUAUAAUAUGUAGUUAUUGUCCAAGAGUAUUUCAUGCAACUUGUUUAUGCGUAACCGAUUUUCCAGAUAUAUGGCUUUGUCCUGAAUGUCAAGAUGUUACACUAGCUGAAUGUUCAUUGUAUCAAUUGAAAUCAUGGUGUCAUAUUACUGAAGAUCAAUUGAAACGAAUGUUAAUCUUUCUUUUAGAUCGAUUAUCUAGACAAUCUUGGGCACAAUAUUUUCGUGAACCAGUGGAUGUAACACUUGUUAAAGGUUAUAAAGAAUUGAUCAAGUAUCCAAUUGAUUUGCGUUCUUUGUAUUUUCGUGUUAAAUCUGGAGAAUAUGCUUCACCUCAAGCUUUUCUUGGUGACUUUCGAUGGAUACUUCAUAAUUCGAUUGUAUUUAAUGGUGCCAAUUCUUCUCUUACAUCAUCUGCACGUCUAUUAGAUCGUACAUUUCAUCGUGAAUUUAAUCUAAUGCGUGCAUGUCCACAAUGUUAUCUUAAUCGUAUGCCAGCUAUACAUUUAUUACCAUCAACAACUAAAAAACUACCUCCAUUAACAGAGAAUGAACCAGAUUCUUAUUUAAAUGUAUCUUCUAUACAAUCAUCAAUGUUAUUAUCAAAUAAAUUCAAUGAUAACAAUGAUAACAAUAGAAAUGAUGAUAUCAAUGGCGUGAAUGAUGUUCACAAUGAAAUCAAUAAAGAUGAUACUGUUAAUAAUACUACUCAUAAUGAAGAUAGUAGUAAAUCUAAAAUCUCUUCAACAUCACAAGCAUCAUCAUCAUCAUCAGUAUCAACAUUAGAUCCUUGGUGGUUUUGUAAAUUAUGUGAUGCUAUUCACCCAAUUGUCUGGGUACGUCUUCAAAAUUAUCCACGUUGGCCAGCUAAAGUAAUAGCUCAUGAUGGUAAUUGUUUACUUGUUUCAUUUUUUGGUGAUUAUGAUGUAAUUGUUGCACCAACUGGUUCCGCUAAACUACAUUCAAUGAAUCGUUCCAGAAGUUUAUUCAAAAAACAACAACAACAACUCUCUGGCAUGAAUAAUUCUAACAACAUUCAUCAAACUAUCAGUGAUGUUUCUGAUGAAGCUGGUGUCAAUUCACAAUUAUCUAAGACUAAUUCUACAAUCAUGUCUAAUUCAGCAACUCCAACAACUCCGAAAACAACAACUUCAACACCAACAAUCAGUAAUACUAUAGUGAAAGAAAAUUUUCAUAAAGCUGUCACUGAAUUAAAUUAUCAUAUGAAUUUAAUUUAUCAACGUUAUCCAAAUUUUAAACUACCUAUGAAUCAAUUGAAAUUUACUAAACGUCAUGUUAAACAAUAUUAUGGUCCAUUCACCGACAUUCCUUCAUCUUAUUUAUCUGAUACAACAAAUCUCACUAAACAAACAACACAUUCCAUCAUUGAUAUGAAUAAUAAUAAUAGUACAGGGAAUACAGCACAAGUACAUUGUAAUACUACUUCUAAUAAUAAUAAUAAUAGUAGUAGUAAUAGUAGUAUUAAUACUAUCAAUACUAUGGAUUUAAUGAAUCAUGAAAAAAUAGACAAUCCCAUCAUUAAAUCGACCAAUAAUAAUAAUAAUAAUACUCUUUCAUCAAAUGAUUUAUACCGUGAACCAGUAUUAACACGUGUUGCUGCUAGUCUACGUAAUUCACCAAUUGUUUCAUCUCAAUCACCAUUACACAUACAAACUACCUGUUUACCAAUCAUAAACAACAACAACAACAACAACAGCAUCAUCAAUCAAACAAUGAAACGUAAACACAAUGAUACAUCGCUGUCUGCAUCAUCUUCACCAACAAUCACAUUAGAAUUAGAAAGUAUCAGUUCUGAUGAUAUGCAUGAUGAUAUGAUGAUCAUUGAUGAGCAAGAGCAACAUCAACAACAGCACCAACAGAAUAAACCAAAACGUAGAAAAAGUAUACAACAAUGGAAUUUUAGAAGAAAAUCUAAUUUGAAUCGAUUAUCUGAAGAGGAGGAUGUUGGUGAUGAGGAUGAGGAUCAGGAUGUUGAUGAUGACGAUGACGAUGAUGAUGAUGAUGACGAGACUACAGCUAUGAUUAUUACCAGUUCACCUAAUCUUAACAAUCAUGAUCACAAUGCUGAUGAUGAUGAUAAUGAUAAUAAUAAUCAUAAUAAUAAUAACAUUGAUAUCAAUAAUACUAUUGUUAUUAACAAUAAUACUGAAUUAAUGACCCCAUUAACAACAACACUUGAUGAACUACAACCUCUCAAUGAUAUUCUCAUACCUACAACAUCAAAUAUGUCAAACAAUCUACAUAUGGCAUUAGACAAUUUUCGAAAUUCUAUUCAUGAAGCUUUACAAAAAUUACAAGAAACAUUUGUUCCUACAAUAGAUGCUAUAGAUAAUGCUGUUAUUCCUUCAUUGAACAAUAAUACUUCAGCAUUAUCAAGUACGCAACCAAUUCAUUGUGAUGCUGCAGUACAAACAAUGAAUGAUUUGCAAUUAUUCAAUAAUGAUGACCAUAAUAAUAAUAAUAAUAAUAAUAAUAAUAAUAAUAAUAAUAAUCAUGUAGAAGAACAAGAAGAAUUAUUAGCAGCUCAAAUAAUACAAAAUCAAUCAAAAUCUGUACAAAGUGAUACAAUGGAAGUGACUAAUAUAUUGACUGCAUCAAAUAAUUGUCGAUUGCCAACAUUACAAGAACGUAUGAUGGAAGCGGAGAUUCUACGUAUGGAACAAGAAGUACAACGUUUAAAUGUAUUAGUUCGGUAUACACGUGCUGAAAUGGGGCUGGAAAUGCAACGUCGUAUCGGUGAACUACGUCGUGUAUGGAAUGAUGAAUUGAUUGCUAUCAUGGAAGCUGCUAGUCGUAUAUGGGAACAUGAUGUGAUUAGAAUUGUGGAUGCUGUGAAACGUCGUCAAUGGUGUGCUUAUUGUGGACGUAUAGCUUAUUAUUAUUGUUGUUGGAAUACAUCAUAUUGUAAUAGUGUUUGUCAAUCGAAACAUUGGUCAUUUCAUAUGUCAACAUGUGUACAAGCUAAAAGUCAAUUGAAUAAUAACACAAAUAAUCAUACUCAUACGACUACUACUCAUACUACUACUACUACUACUAAUAGUAUUAAUCAUAAUAAUACUAACAAUAAUGAUAUGAAUACUAAUCAUAAUAAUAGUAUGAAUAUUAAUCAUAAUAAUAAUCAUACUAAUACUAAUAUAAAUGGUCCAACACGUUAUCAUUCGGAAUCACCACAUACCAUCAUUGAUCAUCAUCAACAACAACAACAUCAACAACAACACCAUCUUCAACAGCAACACCAACAACAACAACAACCAAGUAUCCAUGUAGCACAACCACCAAUUUAUCCUCAUCUUCCAUUGAAUUAUCAACAUAUUCUAUCACAACAACGAAUAAUUCUACCGAAUACAUCAAAUCCAACAUGUCAGUCAAAUAAUACCAGCGGUACUAGUUCGUUAUUAGGCACUAACAUCACUACUAACAAUAAUAAUAAUAUUACAUAUCAACGUUCAGUGUCACUGACUGCUAUUCCUUUGCAUCGAACAUUUAAGAAUAAUUGAUUGGUUGGUUGUUGUAUUUUUUUUUCGGCACAAGGAAAUCCUUGGUGGUUCAGUUGAUGUUCUUCAAAAUACCAAUUCAAUUCAAUUCAGUUCAAUUCACUAUUGAAUUCUUUUGUUUUACCCAAUGUAUGUACGUACAUUGAAUAAAUUGGGCAAACACACAUACACACGUACACACAGAGAGAUGUUGAAUAUUGAAAAGCAUUUUUUUUCUUCUAAAUUCUAUUAACAAACAGAUUGAUAUAAUAGGUAGAUAGAUUUUUUAAAAAAACAGCACUUCACUGAUGACAUGUGUGUCUAUCUGUUCAAUUAUUUGUAGUUAUUUAUUUUUAGGAUGAUACUUUUGUAAUUGUAUUGAUAAUAGGGUUAAAUUUUAUUUCCCUCUACUAUCUGCUAGUUACAUUACACAUACACACAGACAUACACAUACAUACAUACAAACGUACAUUUGCAUUUAAGAAAAUUGUAUUCAUAUAUAUAUGUUUAUAAAUGGCGGG